UAGAUGUUCAACAUUCGGUCGGGUUCGACCCGACCCGACCGGGAAUGAGGGCAAUUAGAUAAGAAUUUAGACUUCUAUUUCGUCCCUGUCAGCUUUCUCUCUUUCUGUCACGAACAGCUAUUUUUUUGUUCAAUUCUUUUUAAAAAUCCAAAGUGUUUGUUGAAGCAUCCAUUGUUGAAGAUUCUCGAAGUGCUUGUACAGAAAUUGUGGGUGGAUAUUUGCUUGGAAAAUAAUAAUUGAAAUGAUAGCGGCAAGGCGACUUGAUAAGAUAUCACGGCUGAUGGGAAGCAGAGCCACCCCUUCUGCUUUUCUCAAAGCUUUUAAUAAGGAGUCAUUGCUUUGGAUUGAAUCUUUGAACCCUAAAGUUAGGUUACUUGGUAAUGACGAUGGUGAUGCUGUCCGUUUUUCAACAUAUCAUUACAGCUCCAAUUGCAAUCAUAGUCCCACAAAUAAGGUCUUAAGAAACCUUCCAGCACAUGUGAAGAUAGUGGAGGUUGGGCCAAGGGAUGGAUUGCAAAAUGAAAAGGAAAUUGUACCUACCUCCACAAAGGUCCAGUUAAUAAAAAUGUUAGUUUCUUCAGGGUUGACUGUUGUCGAGGCCACAAGUUUUGUCUCACCAAAAUGGGUUCCACAGCUGGCAGAUGCAAAGGAUGUAAUGGAUGCAAUCCAGAAUAUUCAAGGAGCCCGAUUUCCAGUGCUAAUUCCCAACCUUAAAGGUUUCGAAGCUGCUGUUUCAGCUGGAGCCAAGGAAGUGGCCAUCUUUGCCUCAGCUUCUGAGUCUUUUUCCAAGUCAAACAUAAAUUGCAGCAUCGAAGAUAGUCUUGCUCGUUUUAGAGAUGUUGUUUCUGCUGCUAGAGAGAUCUCACUACCAGUUCGAGGAUAUGUAUCAUGUGUCGUUGGCUGCCCAGUGGAAGGAAUAGUGCCUCCAUCAAAAGUAGCAUAUGUGGCUAAACAGCUCUUUGAUAUGGGUUGCUCAGAAAUUUCCCUUGGUGACACAAUUGGUGUUGGUACACCUGGUACUAUCAUUCCAAUGCUCGAAAAUGUUAUGAAUGUUGUCCCAAUCGAUAAUCUUGCUGUCCACUUUCAUGACACUUAUGGGCAAGCUCUGUCUAAUAUCUUAACAUCACUCCAAAUGGGGAUCAGUACCGUGGAUUCAUCAGUUUCGGGUCUCGGAGGUUGUCCAUAUGCUAAGGGUGCUUCCGGAAAUGUUGCCACCGAGGACGUGGUUUACAUGCUCAAUGGACUUGGAAUAGAGACAAAUGUCGAUCUCGAAAAACUCUUGUUGGCCGGAGAUUUUAUAUGCAAGCAUUUGAGGCGGCCACCUAGUUCGAAGACAGCGGUUGCGUUGAGCAGUAAGAAGGCUAACUCCAAGCUUUAAGGUACAAUAAGCUAGAAAACCAUAAAAUACUUGUCAUGCUUUAAAAGGCCAAAAAUAUGCAUCUAAUCCUUAUACUUCAAUAAAAUUCGAAAUUUAAUCCUUGUACUUAAAAUAUUAAAAUUAACAUUAACUAAUAAUGUUAAUAAUUGAACUAUGUUGUUUUAAAUCGAAUUUAAAUAUAAGGACUAAAUCUUGAAUAUUGUUAAACUACAGGGAUUGAUGACCAUAUAAAUGUAAUAGGCAAAAGAAUCUUGAGUAGACCUCUUUUUGUUUGUUUGAAGCUGUCAUGAAUAUUUAAUAUGAUAGAAAAAUAAGUAUUUUUAAAAAUAUUAAUUGAUUAGUUAUAUUUUACAAUUAAAAAAAAAAUAAGGGGUGAUAAAUAUGUUGAAUAAAAGUCAACACGUAGCUACAGUAUUUCCUUUUUAUACUGUUCAAUUAUGUUAAACGUUUUUCAUAUGAUAAUACAAAAUUGCCAUUAUUUACAAACGUUGACCAUGUUGUAUGCAAUUUUUUACGUUAUCAUAUUUACUUGUCCUUUGAAAAUAUUGUUGAUAGUGAUUUAUAGGUAGACUGCAAAUUAGAAAAUGAAACUAAACAUUCGAUUUAAUGUGUAAUAUAAUAUCUGAACUUUGGUUUUACAUAAUUGUAUGUGUAAGUUUUUAUUUGAUUCAAAUUUCAUAAAUCAUUAAUAA